AUGGAAAUAUGUGAUGAAAGCAAAUCUCAGACUCCAAUGCCGCAGCAGAAUGGUCCAACACAGAGCGUGCAUGCAUCGUUGUUGGAUUAUCUGAGCAGUAUGGACAUCGCCCAGCAGUUACUCAUCUUCCACACCCAUUUGUUCGAAGCAACCGAUGAUAUCGAGCUUAUCACUCAGGUUCUUCUUUAG